AGUCGUUGUAACUGGUUGCCUGACUCCUGUCGGCUCCACGUCGCGGGUCUACUCUUUUUAAUUUUAUUUAUUAUUUUACUCUUACUUUGUAAUGACGAUGAUGAAGUUGAUGAUGUGAUGUGUUGGGUGAUGUUCGUUGGUGUAUGUUAUUAAAGAGUUAAGAGAGUGGGAUCGAGGACCAAGUACUGGCAAAACGUACGAUUAAAAAAAAAAAGAAAAUAAAAGAAAGAGAUAAAAAAAAAUCCAUUUGCUGAGAGAUCUGGUGAACACUUUCGACAACGCAGUUUACAUCAAGACAUCAUGAAGACACGUUACUAUUUAUCAACGUACAAAUAUUUAUUAUUUUUAGUUUUUUUAAUUACACAUUAUUGCCAUGCGGAAGAUUAUUAUGGCAAAUUAAUUGGUAAAUUAUCCGAGUUACAUCAUGGACUGAGCGGUGAAGUUUAUGCGGUCGAUGCCAGGACACUGUUUAUCAAAGAUUUUACUUAUGAUGGUGAAGGUCCUGCUGCGUAUUUUUACGCCGGAAAUUCGCGAGCGCCGAUAAUAAAUGGAUUUAGAAUCCGAGAUGAAAAAGGUAACACAGGGCCAUUGAAACAGUACCGGAAAAAAAAAAUAACUCUGACGCUACCGGAAGGAAAGACUCUGAAAGACAUAAGAUGGUUCUCAGUUUAUUGUGACGCCUACUCAGUUAAUUUCGGGGAUGUAAAAAUACCCCGAGGUUUUGAUGCUCCAAAACCACAGAAGCUCGCAGGAUUAAAUGGCGUCCAUGGAGUCCACUCUGAGCCCGUGGUCGUCGUCGACGCCCAGACACUAUUAGUACCCUCAUUCUCGUACGACGGAGAAGCACCAGAUGCGAAAUUCUGGGUUGGUUCCAGAGCACAUCCAUCAUCCAACGGCAUUAGAUUACCCGAUGAAAAUGGGAUAGAAAGACCAUUACGUGCUUAUGAUCGUAAAACAAUAGUACUAACUCUACCCGGUGAUAUUACUAUUCAUCAAUUGGGCCAUUUUGGUAUUUGGUGUGAGGCCUUCACCGUAGACUUCGGUCAUAUACAAAUUCCAUCCAACCUCAAUGUACCUCCGUCACUCAAAAUGCUUGGCAUUUCACCUCAGUCGAAAUUAAAUUGUGAGGUACUCGAUGAUAAUUUAACAUUUGAGGUAAGAUGGGCUGUUGCUGGUGAGAGUAUUGUUAUACAACUUGUUUCACGUUUAGAUGAUAAUAAUUACAUGGCGUUUGGGUUGUCAGCUAAUCCGGAGCGUAGUUUGAUGGUGGGCGGUGAUGUUGUAGUAGCUUGGGUUGACAAAGAGACAUUGCAAGGAUACGCGAUUGAUUAUAUACUCGAUGGUAAAUCACAGUGUUCGGGUAAACGUGGUAGUUGUCCAGAUACUCGUAUACAGGACUCAACGAAUUCAAUACGUUUGCUAAAUGCUGCAAUGGUAAAUGGCUACAGCAUUAUAACAUACCAAAGACCAUUAAAAGCCUCCGAUGAAUUGGAUCUCGAGAUAAAAACAAACCGUUCGCAAGCAAUUAUUUGGGGUAUUGGUCCAUUAAAUGAAAGAAAUGAGGUCAGCUUCCACACUCACUAUCUCAAGAGCGACAAAUUAAUUGAAUUUGGACGACCCGCCGCUUGGAAUUGCCCAAUGCCUCAGACUGAUGACGAUCAAUAUGAAGAAGAAACUUUAAACAACAGUCCAACUACUCCUAAAAACAAUAUCAAUAAUAAUAAUAAUAAUAAUAAUAAUAAUAAUAAUAAUAAUAAUAAUGACAGUCAAAAGAACAACAAUAAUAAAAAUACGAACAAUAACUACAGUUUCACUAACAAUACCAAUAAUAAUAAUAAUAAUAAUCAAAAUAUCAAUGAAGAAAUUUCAGUUAAGCCUACAACUCGUCGACCAACAUCACGUUCUAGACCUUAUACUGCAACACCAGCACCCGCAUCAACAGCUAAUGCAUGGGAAAUACCACCAAUUCAAUGUUAUGAACCAGAUGAUGGGACAUUUUACGCACAACUUGGUCCCACUGGUGGUAAACAUGGAUAUCCUGCGAUAACGGGUCACGUUGGUUGGGGAAUAUCCUGGUACAUAAAUGGUUUAUUGAUACCUGAAAUUAACGUUGUACGUGGCCGUCAAUAUUCAUUUAUCGUUGAAGCCGGUGACGAUCCAAGUAUACCGGCAAAAUAUCAUCCAUUUUAUAUAACUGAUGAUCCAGUUGGUGGUUACAUGCAUAAAACCCCUGAAGAACGUGCUCAAGUUAAAAUAUUUGCUGGUGUGAAACGCAGCCAAGAUUCAAAUAAUUUAAUACCGACUGGUGUCGGUCGUUUUUGCCGUUGGAACCAUGACCAAAAUGCACCUGAUGCCGAUAGUUAUGCGUCAUUUGGUGCAUUCCAACGAUCUUUGGAACUCGUUUGUGAACCCGGUGUUCCGGGUAUUGUCACAUGGACACCCGAUAAAAAUACUCCCGAUACCGUUUAUUAUCAAUGUUUUACCCAUCGCUAUCUUGGCUGGAAGAUAAAUGUCUUGGACAGUUGUCAAGAACCUGAAGGAUCAGCAUCUGACACUCAUCAUUCUUAUGUAUUACCUGAUUCCCAAGUUGACUCAAGUAUUCCAACACCUGCCAAGGUAAUAUCAACUACUACUUAUCAAUCUCCUAAAUUAAAACCUCAUAAAGUUUCAUCCCAAUCCUAUCAACCUCAAUCUCAACCUCAAACUUAUCAAUAUCAAUAUCAUCAACAUCAACCUCAUCAACAUAAAUCUCAAUCUCAUGAAACUCAACCUCAUCAACAUGAAAAUCAAUCUUAUCAACAUGAAACUCAACCUUAUAAAUAUGAAAGUCAACUUCAUAAAUAUCAAACUCCACCCCAUCAACAUGAAAAUCAAUUUCAUCAAUCUCAUCAACAUGAAAGUCAACUUCAUCAACAUGAAAGUCAACAUAAAACUCUUCUCCAUCAACACGAAAAUCAACUAAAUCAACACGAAAGUAAACUUCAUAAUCAUGAAAGUCAACUUCAUCAACAUGAAAGUCAACAUAAAACUCUUCUCUAUCAACACGAAAAUCAACACGAAAGUAAACUUCAUAAUCAUGAAAGUCAACUUAAUCAACAUGAAAGUCAACAUAAAACUCUUCUCCAUCAACACGAAAAUCAACUAAAUCAACACGAAAGUAAACUUCAUAAUCAUGAAAGUAAACUUCAUCAACAUGAAAAUAAACUUCAUCAACUUUAUCAACAUGAAACAGGAAAUCAACGUUAUCCUAUAACUUCUAACCUCAAUUCAAUUAAUCAUGACAUGAUCACCAAUAACAACAUAAAUCAAAAUAAUCCAAUAGAAAUGCCUCUAAAAUCCUCACAAUUUAAAACAUAUCCAGGAUUUACGCCCUAUCAAAAUAACUAUCAGCAACACUAUACAAAACAACUAGCCUAUUAUCAACCCCAACAAUCUUAUCAACAUCAACAUAACCAACAAUACCCUCAACCCCAUCAUCAAGCAUACCAUAAUUUAAAUCAAUAUCAACAUUAUCAUCAAUCACCGCGUCCAUAUCGUCAUGAUAUUCCAUUGCGCUGGCAAUCACCAUUAAUACCAUCAUCAUCAUCAUCAUCAUCAUCAUCAUCAUCAUCAUUACCGUUACAACAAUACAAUAAUUAUCAAGAUGAUGAAUUACAGCAUCAACAGCAACAGCAAUUAAUUAAAAUGUCUAGUAAAUUAAUAAAAAGUCAACCUCAACAUAAUCCGUAUCAAUUAAUUACAGAUACACGUGGUGGGAUCUAUAACCAAAAUUUAAAAUUAACAUUACCCAGAAAUCAAAAUCAACUGUACAAACAACACAUUAAUAAUAAUAAUUAUGAUUAUUAUAAUAAUAACAAUAACAAUAAUAAUAAUAAUAUCAAUAAAAAAUAUUACUAUGAAAAGUAUCAAGACAAGAGACGUCAAGAUAAUAUUAAUGAUGAUUUAAUUAAUAGAAAAGGUUUUAAUCCAGACUCAAUUAUUAUUGAAGGCGGCUUCAAGCCAAUUAUCAAAGAAAAUAAUAAUAAUAAUAAUAAUAAUAAUAAACAAAAUAAAAAUUUGAAUUUAAAAAAAAUGCCGCCAUUUGUUGAUAAUACAGUUAAUGGGAUUUCCCCUUCUCAGCAGCGUAAUAAAUUUAAAGGCUAUGGCAAUAAUAAUUUAAAUCAUUUACGUAUACAGAGAUCAGUUGAUAACAAUAAUCACAGUAAUUAUUAUAUUAAUAGUAAUGAUAAUGAUAAAACAAUAUCAAGUACUGGUGAAAUGGUCGUUACUAAUUUACAGUAUGUUAUUUUAACAAUUAUUGUUUAUUUCGCCAUUUGAAAAUAUAGUUUUUUUUCACAUGGUUUUUUUUACAUUUCCCUGAUUAAACAACUGAAUUCGAUCGAAUUAAACAGAAUUAAAUUUUUAAUUCUAUUUAAUUCAGUUAAAUUCUGUUAAUUCGGUACCUAACUUAAAAAUGAAUUCUGUCUAAUUCGGCAGGAAAACCAGAAUUUGUCCGAAUUAAAACGAAUUUAAAUAAUUCUAUUCGGUUAAAUUCAGAUUAAUUCGAAAAUAAUUCUCCAAUUUCUGGUUCUGAAUCCGAAUUAAAACGAAUUUGAAAUUUUUAAAUCGGUUUUAUUCUGUUUAAUUAAAAUUCAAAUUUUCAAUUCAGUUGAAUUCUGUUUUGCAGAAUUUGACAGAAUUAAAUUUUUAAUUCUAUUUAAUUCAGAUAAAUUCUGUUAAUUCGGUACCUAACUUAAAAAUGAAUUCUGUCUAAUUCGGCAGGAAAACAAGAAUUUGUCCAAAUUAAAACGAAUUUAAAUAAUUCUAUUCGGUUUAAUUCUGAUUAAUUUGAAAAUAAUUCUCCAAUUUCGGGUUCUGAAUCCGAAUUAAACUGAAUUAAAACGAAUUUGAAAUUUUUAAUUUGGUUUUAUUCUGUUUAAUUCAAAUUUAAAUUUUCAAUUCAGUUGAAUUCUGUUUUGCAGAAUUCGACAGAAUUAAAUUUUUAAUUUUUUUUAAUUCAGAUAAAUUCUGUUAAUUCGGUACCUAACUUAAAAAUGAAUUCUGUCUAAUUCGGCAGGAAAGCCAGAAUUUGUCUAAAUUAAAACGAAUUUAAAUAAUUCUAUUCGGUUUAAUUUUGAUUAAUUCGAAAAUAAUUCUCCAAUUUCUGGUUCUGAAUCCGAAUUAAACUGAAUUAAAACGAAUUUGAAAUUUUUAAAUCGGUUUUAUUCUGUUUAAUUCAAAUUCAAAUUUUUAAUUCAGUCAAAUUCUGUUUUGCAGAAUUCGACAGAAUAUAACAGAAUUAAAAUUUUUAAUUCGGUCGAAAUCAGUUGUUUAAUCAGGGUUAUUAUUAUUAUUAUUAUUAUUUAUUUAUUUAUUCAUCAAUUAGAUUAAUUGAUUACUGCUCAAUUGUUAG